GGGGUCGUGCCGUCCCUUUUCUACGGUGGUGGCGGUGCGCGAACGAUUUUUAACACGAAAUGUUGAUAAUUGUGUUGCUGUGUUAGUGAUAUCAUUAAUUUAAAAAAAAAUUUGUUAAUUUUAAUGCUAAAAAUUUAAUAACCAAAAAAAGGGGAACAAAAAAAAAUUAAAAAUGGGCACCGUUUUGAGUUUUUCCCCAAGAGAAAGACGCCCAGUUUACACGACAAGUUCAACGGGGGAUUUUACAUUAAACAAUUUCUCUUAUGAGCAAUUAAACAAUGUGAAAAAUCGCGAAAACAAAUCGAACAACUCGAUUUCGAAUUCGAAUUCGAAUCAUAAUUUGCAAACGAAUUGUAACAAUAUAAACGAUAACGCGAGAAUUAUUUCGGAGAAAAACGCUUUGGAGAAAAACCUUAAAAAGCACUCGUUGUUUAUUAACGCGUUAUCAUGGAAGAGAUUUUCCACGACGAAUAACAACAAAAAGAAAUUGGAUAAUAACAAAAAUAAAAACGUCACCGUUUAUCGCCAACCGUUGGACUCAAUUAAUCCGGUUGUGGAUAAAAAUAAAAAUAUUCAACAGGGAAAACAACAAGGUCUUUAUUACACAAACACAAAAAGUAUAGGAACCUCAGCUUUGGCUUUGGAUAUUGUCAGGGCUAAUAACGCUAAUAAUAAUACGAACCAUCAUGUUAAUUGUGAAAAAGUUACCAAUAAACCAACUUUGUUGGGGCACCAAAACAAUCAGCAACAUCAGCAUCAGCAACAACAAAGUUCUUUGCCCGUUGUUGCUAAUUUACCCAAAAAAACCGUCAUUCAAGCAUCCACAUCGGAAUUAUUGAAAUGUCUCGGUAUUUAUUUGCAAGGAAAAUGUUAUAGACUAAGAGAUUUUCAAGCUGGGGAUGCUGUAAUGUGGCUUCGAACUGUUGACAGGAGCUUAUUAUUACAAGGAUGGCAGGAUGUAGCGUUUAUAAACCCAGCAAAUGUCGUUUUCGUUUAUAUGCUAGUGAGGGAACUAGUCGAAGAAGAUAUAGAAACCGAGCAAGAUCUUCAAGCCGUCGUAUUAACCUGUUUAUAUCUCUCGUACUCGUACAUGGGUAACGAAAUCUCGUAUCCAUUAAAACCGUUCCUCGUGGAAGACUCAAAAGAAAAAUUUUGGGAUCGUUGUUUGGAUAUUGUUAACCGGUUGUCGUCGAAUAUGUUACGAAUUAAUGCGGAACCGGGUUAUUUCACCGAGAUUUUCACCGAAUUAAAAAAUUGUGGUAUCAAUAACACAUUAAACGGGGGUUGUUCAUCGAGUUCGACUUCAUCCUCGAUAAAUGGGUUAACGACGAUGGGUUGUCAAACGAGCGGGAUCCCUCUCGUUCCUUGUGGAAAUGGAACAACAACGGCUGCUUGACGCAAAGAACACACGGUUGUAAAAUUGAGCAUUGCCGACAUGCCCACGGUACCGUGUGAGGUUUGAGAAUCAUAUAAAACAAUGAGAAAGAGGAUUUUUUUGGGUUGAGAGUACUUCCGGAUAAAUAAUUUACAUUUAAAGAUGAGAAAAAUCUAGAUUUAAGAAUUAAAGGAUGAAUUUAAGGCAUCUAUUAUAUUAUUUCUGUUGAAUAAAUAAGAUUUUUGUUGA